AUGAUAAAUACGGAAGCUAAUUCACCUUCAGUGUCACUUUUUAUUAGGUCGCCACUUCUAAUCAACCAACUUCUGCAUCAUGAAGAGCAAAUUUUUUCACAAAAUUACAUAAAUGAUUCACCCUCUAAAGGACAGGCUAGAAACUUUCGAUGGGGGUUAUUCUUUAUUAUAAUUUCAAUUGUAACAGGAGUGAUUGGUAUCGAAUUGGUAAAUAUUGUUUUGAAAGGUGACAAUUAUACUAAGCCAUGGAUGUUUGCGUUUGUUACUGGAUCAUGUUUUAGUUCAUUGUUGUUGCCCGAUCUCAUAGAUAUUAUAAUGAACAGAAAACAGGAUCAAGAUCAUUUGUCGUCCCCAGAACUUUUAGGGGUGUUAUCUAAUUCUGGUCUCCUGGUUGACUACAAAUCGUUGGAUGAAUUGGUGAAUGAAGACCUGUUUUCAGAUAUUCCAGUCGAAAUGACCAGGAAGGAAAUUACGGCAUUAUCAUUCCAGAUAGCCAUAAUAUAUUACCUAUACAAUGUUUUUGUCAUGGUAUGUUUACAAUUUACUUCCGCCUCGAAUCAAGCUAUUUUGGGGACCACUACAUCUUCUUUCACGUUGAUUAUAGGAACCUUUCUUAAGAUUGAUCAUUUUACCUUCAAAAAAGUAACUUGUAUACUCUUUAGUACUAUGGGUAUUAUUUUGAUCAAUUGCAGUGAGUCAAAUGAAAAAGGGGAUAGUGGAGAUCCAAAAUUUAAACCAAAGAACCCAAUAUUAGGUAAUUCCCUAGCAAUUGGUGGAGCACUAAUGUAUGCUUUAUAUCUUAUAAUGAUGAAAGUAAAAUAUAGCAUAGUUAACAAGACUACCAACAAAAGAAGGCUUUUUGGUUUUGUUGGUUUAUUUACCUUCGUAACAGGAAUCCCCAUAUUGUUUAUAAUCGAUUAUUUCGAAAUCGAGAAGUUUGAGUUCCCACCUCCCAACAAGCAAAUUAUUAUUCUGAUUAUGAUAAAUGGCUUGUUCUCAGUUAUUUCUGAUUAUACUGCUAUUUUAGCGAUGUUGUUAACUAGUCCAUUUUUCACAUCAUUAGCAUUUACAAGCUCAAUUCCUAUAACCAUUAUGUGUGACUAUAUUCUUGCGAGGUUAUAUGGGACAACGUCCAACCCAGACUCUAAAUUGUUUUAUUUCUUAGGGGUUAUAAGUGUACUAAUAUCAAUUAUUUUGAUAAAUAUCAGAACAAGAGAUUAA